AUGAAACUCGUCCUCACCGGCUGCACCGGCUUCGUCGGCACCGAGAUCCUCACACAAUGCAUCGCCCACAACUACAUCAGCCACGUCUACGUCCUCACCCGCCGACCCCUCAACGCCCAGUUCUCGCACAAGAAAGUCACGCAGAUCCACCACGAAGACUUCGAGGCAUAUCCCGACGAUCUUCUCAAUCGGCUGAAAGAUGAAGGGGUCGAGGCGUGUAUCUGGGCGAUAGGAGGGAAGGCGAAUCAGUUCAAGAAUCUCGAUGAGGCAAGGAAGGUGGGAGUCAACUAUCCAGCUCAAGCAGCGGAGGUGUUUGCAAAGCGGUUGGCGACUGCCUUGAAGCCUUACCCUGGAUAUCCCAAAAAUCCUCCGAAGCCGGGUGAAGGCCGCUUCCCGUUCAGGUUCAUCUUCAUCUCAGGAUGGGGAGCGUGUCAGGACCAAUUCAAGAAGCUCUGGUUCAUGAACGAUACAAGAAAGAUCAAGGGUGCAGCCGAGAAAGCGUUGCUGGGUGUGCCGGCAAACGCGGAAGAGAUUGACGGCCACAAAUGCUUCGAGACGAUAGUGCUGCGGCCCGGGGGAGUGUUGGCUGGUGGAAACGAUGAUAUGAUGACGGUCAUCACAGAGGGCAUGAUACCUUCGAUCGCGGUGGGAAGACUGGCGAAGACGGCGAUCAAGUGUGCAUUCGAUGGCGGUGUGGAGGGUCAGACGAUAUUGGAGAACAAGGACUGUUUGGGAGAAGGGUGGGCAGAAGUUAAUGCAUUGAGGAUGUGA